AUGUUGGAAAUAUGUGAACAAGAAGGCGAUGAUCAUCCAGAAAUACCUGUUCAUCUUUUCGGAUGGUUGUUGACAGGCUUCUUUAUGGAUUUAGAAGCUGGAAAUGAGUUUUUUGAUAAAACCAUGCUUGCUUACUUUGGAGUUUUUCUUGUACAAAAACUCCGAAAAGAUAUGGCGAGGAGGGUCAUGGAAUGGGGAGCUUACAUUGAGAAUGAUGAUGAAGUCAGCCUUUCGUUUGGCAUUCGAGAUCCCUCGAUUUUUUCUAGGGUAAUGGUAGAUGAAUCUGGAGUUGUAGAGAGGGUUACAUGGCAAAAAGAUCAGCAUAAGUGGGUAAAGUUUUGGUCUAACCCGAGGGAUGAUGGUUGCGAUUCUUACAGGCAUUGUGGAUCAUUCAGCAUUUGCGAUCCUUAUAAUUUGGGUGAAUUUGAGUGCCAAUGUCUUCCAGGUUAUGAGCCUAAAGUCGAAAGCGAGUGGUACUUGAGGGAUGCUACUAAUGGCUGCAAAAGAAAGCCCGGGGAACAAACCUGUCGAAACAGUAGUUCUGAUGUCGGUUUCAUCAGAAUGGCAUCUGUUAAGGUUCCAGACACCACGAAUGCGAUUGGAAAUCGGAGUAUGGGACUUGAAGAAUGUGCAGAUUUGUGCUUGAAAAAUUGUUCGUGCACAGCUUAUGCAAAUUCUAAUGUCGAAAAUGGUGGAAGUGGUUGCAUCACUUGGUACGGCGACUUGAUUGACAUGAGGCAGUUUUCUACAGGCGGCCAGGAUGUUUACAUUAGAGUUUCUGCAUCUGAGUUAGCUCAAUAUCUGAAGUACUUGAAGAGAUCGCAUAGAAAAAGGCUAAUCAUCGUCCUGGUGCCAUCCGUAUCAGGGCUUCUAUUGCUGGUUUUUGCAAUUUUGGUGGUAUCAUGGAAGCGCAAAGGUAAAAGACAUAAAAUCAGGGGGUUAAUUAGCUUUAACCUUGAUAGAGAAUCAACCAAUGGAGUCACUCCAAGGACAGAGGAGAUAGAUGAGAACGGAGAGUUAGCUGUAUUCGAUCUAAAAUCCAUUAUUUCAGCUACAAAUUGUUUUGAUUUUGCCGACAAACUCGGUGAAGGUGGUUUUGGCUCAGUCUAUAAGGGUCAGCUGCAGAAUGGCAGAGAAAUAGCUAUCAAAAGACUGUCUAAAAGUUCAGGGCAAGGCGUGGAAGAAUUCAAAAACGAAGCUGCUUUGAUUGCAAGGCUCCAACAUAGGAAUCUUGUCAAGCUUUUAGGAUGUUGCAUCCAACAAGAGGAGAAAAUGUUGGUAUACGAAUACUUGCCAAACAAAGGACUCGACAAUUUCAUCUUUCAUAAAGAGAAAGGGGUAUUGCUGGAUUGGAAAAAACGGCUUCAUAUAAUCAUUGGCAUAGCUCGGGGGAUUGUAUAUCUUCAUCGCGAUUCGCGAUUGAGAAUCAUCCACAGAGAUUUGAAAGCAAGCAAUGUCUUACUAGAUGCAAACAUGGAACCAAAAAUAUCGGAUUUUGGGAUGGCUAGAAUUUUCAAUGCAGACCAGAUGGAGGCCAAAACACAGAGAGUAAUGGGAACUUAUGGUUAUAUGGCACCAGAAUACGCAAUGCAAGGUCUGUUUUCGGAGAAAUCCGACGUUUUCAGCUAUGGAGUUCUGUUGCUGGAGAUCAUCACCGGCAGGAGAAAUAACAGCUAUUUCAGUGACAAUGCAGUUAGCUUAAUCGGAUACGUUUGGGAACUCUGGCAAGAAGGAAAUGCCCUGGAAAUUAUUGAUCCAGCAAUGGGGGAUGAUGAAGCUUUGAACCAUGUUGAAGUUGGCAGAUGUAUUCAGAUUGGUCUUUUCUGCGUUCAAGAACGCGCAAUGGAUCGACCAACAAUGUCUCAAGUUCUUUCCAUGCUUUGUCACGAAACAUCAAUUCCUUCAACCUCUCCUAAACAACCAGCUUAUGUCAUUAAGAAGCUUAAUUAUAACAAAGAAAAUAGUCCAUAUCAAUCUACUCCUUCUUCGGGAACAUUUAUGGACGAUUUUUCAAUCACUGUAAUCCAAGGUCGCUAA